AAGGCGUGGCCUGGGAGCACAGGAGAGGCGUGUACAGGCCCUAAAAGAGAAGAGCGCCCUGUUCCUCGGCUCCCAGGCUUCAUUCCUUGCUCAUAUUUGGAGUUAGCUGCACUGGAAUUUCCCAGCAUCCCCUCACACAUGUCUCUCACCUUCUGUUUGACAUUAGAGAAUCCAAAAGGGGAGGGAUGACAGAGCAGCGGUAGGGGAUAUUGAAGUGCUAGGAGAAAGCUGCUGAGCCGGGGGAACUCACUGGAUAGUUAGCCUUUAUCUGUGUCAGUGUGGCGCACGUCUCUUCCCUUUUGUGCCUCUGCGCGGUACUCGCUUUCUCUGCAGCAGCUCUUGUCUCUGCUAUUUGCCCCAAUCGUUUUGUUGGUGAGGAUAUUAGUGAUGUCUGCAUUCAACCUGCUCCAUUUGGUGACAAAGAGCCAGCCAGUGUCCCUGCGAGCCUGUGGUCUUCCCUCAGGCUCACGUAGGGGCAAAAAAACCUGCAAAGUUGUCUUUUCACAAAAAGAAUUAAAGGAGAGACUGACUCCCCUGCAAUUCCAUGUUACUCAAGAAAAAGGGACAGAAAGUGCCUUUGCUGGAGAAUAUACACACAAUACAGCAGAUGGGAUGUACAAAUGUGUUGUCUGCGGAGCUGUUCUUUUUAAGUCUGAAAAAAAGUUUGACUCCAACUCAGGUUGGCCUUCAUUCUAUGAUGUGGUUAACCCUGAAGCCAUAUCUUUUACGGAUGACUUUUCAUACGGAAUGCACAGGGUAGAAGUCGGUUGCAGUCAGUGUGGAGCCCACCUUGGGCACAUUUUUGACGAUGGACCCCGUCCUACUGGUAAAAGAUACUGUAUAAACUCUGCAUCAUUGAACUUUGUUCCAGAGGUGCCUGAUGCUGCCACAGAGAGCCCUUCAACUUCAUCUGAAAAGAAUGAACUGUAAAAUUAUUCUUAUAGCCUGUGUGUAUGGGAAACACCCUUAGACUGCCUGCACCAGUGCUGAAUCUUGCAUUUACUUGCAUUAACUAACAUUCACCAUUUUGCCUAAUAUAUUUUAAAAUAUUUCUCUUUUUCUGUUUACUAAUUUGUAACUGUUUCAGUUGAAUCCACACAGAGUAGGUGCAUUGAAUUAUACAGGUAGACUUUUUUUAGACUGUAUUUACAUGUAGCAAAUAUUACUCCAAAAUAUGAGUUGAACAAAACAAAGAUGUAAUUUACACCAGUUGCAAGAAUUUUCCUGACAUGACCAUAAACCAACUAGAAGUACCAUACAGUAAGUUAACUGGGGAGUUCAUAGAAAACUCAAUUUUAGUACCUUGUAUGUGGACUUAAAGGAGCAGUAUGCCCCCUGUUCAACAUGAGUGCAAUGAAAAGAGCUUCUUGAGCUAAACAGGGAAACCAAAGCUACUCCAUGUUGGGUCCCUUUGAGGUAGAUAAUUAGAUUCCCAGUAUACAACCCCCCCCCCCCUAUUUUUGUUCUUUUAGUCCAUUAUGCAGGGAGAUUAUCUGUGCACUGGUUAAUUAUUUACCUCACAAGGACCAACCAUGGAAUAGCUUCAGCUUUCCUAUGUGCCCUGCUCAAUUAAAACAAUAGGCCAAAAGUAUGUUUGACACAAGCCCUCUUCAUUAAACUCAAGUUUUUUUUUUUUUGCUUUUUGUAUUAAUUUCUGCAUUAAUUUUCAACUUUCAUUCUGUAACCCAGAACACCUAAAAGUUGAUAGCAGCAAUAAAGCAGGAAGGCCUAAUGCAUAUUGUUUUAGAAUACCAGGGUCUCCAUUAGGGUUUCUUAAGGUCAUCUGUGCGGCCUGCAUGCUGCUACACUUCUACUUAGCAAAUAUCCUAAAAUGCUACAUUCUGAAAUUUCUCAUUAUGCUGUGUAAAAUUAAUAAACCAUUAAAAUUUGCAAAUAAGUAUAA